AUGUCAAACCCCUUCUUCUCAUGGAGCGUGACAUUGAAUUUACUCUUCGCGUUGUGCAUUUCCAACAUAUGCCACGCCGACUUAUUGAAUCAAUGCGAACCCUAUGCGCUUACCUCGGAGUACCGGGUGGGCAGCUUUGAGGGGCAGCCUAAUACAUCCAUCGCGAUAACCACCACGGUCCUUAAUCCCGGGCCUGCACUUCCAGCAUGGCUCGACUAUCAUCUCCGAUGGGCGCAGCAUGUGCUGAUAUACAUGGAUGACCCAGAUGAGCGUACAAUCUUCCAGCAGCUAUGUGGGGACAGGCCUGUCACACUCUUGGACGGAUCUCGCAUCGAGCCUCAGAUGACGCCGGAAAGCCGCCUCAUCCGACGUCAGAUGGCCAAUAUGAGGCAUGCAAUCCCCUACUUGAUGGAGCGGAACUACAUAUGGCUUCUUCAUAUCGAUGUGGAUGAAUUGCUUUUCGGACCUUCAAUAGAGUCAGGCAACUGGGCCAAAGACCCCGAGGUAGGUCUUGUGACUUUCACCAAUCAUGAGGCGCUUCCUGUCGACUUCGAGACCUCAGAUCCAUUCAGGGACUGUGUGUAUUUUUGGGUGAAUGGAAUAGACCACAACGCCAACUUCUUAGCCUAUGGCAAUGGCAAAAGCGCCGUCCGUCUAGGGGCAGCCGUCGAGCCACGAGGGGCCCACUCGUUUUCUGGUCAUAUCGGUCGCACCUUCAAAUGCCAGGAAGAAGAGGCGGUGAUAUUACACUAUCCGUACCCCUCAUACAACAGCUGGCUCCGCAAGUUCAAGUUUUACAGCAAAUUUUCGGAUCACUGGUUUGGUGACCGCCGGGCGCCUAAGAUUAUGGACUUUAUGUUACACUCGCGGGACGUUGUCCAGAAAGCUCGAAUGACUGGAGAUUGGGCAAAUGUCAAGGAAUUUUUCUCCCGACGAAUUUUAGAUCCCGAAUCGAGGAAAUAUGCCAUUUCCGAGGGCAGGGUACGACACUACACGCCGUUCACUAAUCCCAGAAAACUCUGA